AGAUGAUGCCAUCAGUCCCACCAUCCUCUCUAGAUGAUACCAUCUUUCCCAAGCGCUUACUUUCCCUUUCUUUCUUUUUCCCAUGGACCUUGGACGACUUGAAUCCUCUACAUCAGCGGAGUCUGACAAGAGGCUGAAUUCCUGUAGCACUACCGAGCUCACAAAAGGGGGUAUUUUGAGAGAGUUAAGCAAAUUUUGGCGAAAAAUAGUAUUUGACGAGCUUGUUAGGAAUGCUCAGAUUUUCAUCGUCGGCUUCUUUUGCUUUGGAUCAAAUUUGUCCCAACAGAGCGUCUCACUGCCAUGCUAAUCAGCAACACAAUAUAUCAAAUCUUACCCAACAUUUCCUUUGUUCUUAUCCCGAAAGCGAACUCUUUGUUGUUGCGUCCUUCAUCUUAUUUUUCCACUGCUUCGCAACUAUUCGAGGAAACGUCUCAAAGAGAUCGACAUGCACAAGAUGCCCCCAUUCACAGCGUUCAUGAUCUCAUUAAAUCCUCCACCAUGAGACCUAACAUUGUAACAACCAGUAUUGGUCAUUGCAUUGCUCUCAAGAUAGGUUCUCUUGCCCACUUGCCCACAUCUACCUCUCUGCUAACGGCGUAUUCUAGAGCCCGAGAUUUUCGCUCUUCAUUGGCUUUGUUUGAUGAAGUUCAUAAUAGAGAUGUGAUCAUUGGGAAUGCUAUGAUUACUGCAUGCGUUGAAAAUGGAUGCUAUAGCGCAGCUAUGAAUUUCUUUUCGGAGAUGACUGAGGAGGGAACUGGGUUUGAUUCAACGACUCUAUUGGUGGUCGUGUUGGCUUCAUCCCACAUGAAUCACUUGAAACAAGGACAAGUACUUCACGGGUUGAGCAUGAAGGCUGGGAUUCUUUUUAAUUCUGUUUUAUGCAAUGCUCUCAUGGACAUGUAUGCAAAAUCCAAUGAUUUGAGCUCUUCGGAGCGUAUGUUUGCAAGGACGGAAUGUAGAGAUACUUUUUCAUGGAAUUCAAUGAUAAGUGGGUGUCUUUAUAAUAAUCAUCCUGAGAAGUCCUUAUGGUACUUCAAAGAGAUGGCUUUUUCUGGAGAACGACCAGAUAGUGUCAGUCUGUCUAGUGCUAUUUCAGCAUCUUCUUGUCUUGGAGAUCUGAUUUUUGGACAAGUUAUUCAUGGUUGGGAAAUCAAACUGGGUUAUGAGGACAGCUCCCACAUUUCGGUUGCCAACUCACUCAUUUCUUUAUAUUCACACUGUGGAGACAUUGAGGCUGCAGAGACUGUGUUCAGAGAAACAAUACACAAGGAUGCCGUUUCAUGGAAUGCAAUGUUGGAAGGAUUUGCCUCAAAUGGAAAGAUUUCUGAAGCAUUUGAUCUUCUGCAUGAAAUGCAAAUAACGUGGUCUAUUCAACCUGAUAAAGUAACUAUUGUAACCAUAAUUCCACUUUGUGCAGAAAAGAUGCUUUUGAGAGAAGGAAGAACCUUACAUGGAUUUACCAUUCGUAGGCAGAUGGAAACAGAUCUAUCAGUGAAAAACUGCCUCGUGGACAUGUAUUCAAAAUUCAAUAGUCUAACGAAGGCUGAGCUCUUGUUCAAUUCAAUGGCAGAAAGAGACUUGGUGUCAUGGAAUACAAUGAUAUCUGGAUAUUCCCAGAAUGGGUAUUCUGGAGAAGCUCAAAAGUUAUUUAGGGAUUUCCUCCGUUUGUACUCAAAAUGCAGCUUGUCAACACUUUUAGCUAUACUUCCUUCCUGUGAUUCCCACGAGUCUCUCCAGUUUGGUGGAUCAAUUCACUCUUGGCAAUUGAAAUUGGGAUUUUCAAAUGAUAUUCUUGCAGUUAAUUCCCUCAUGUACAUGUAUAUUAACUGUGGAUACUUGAAAGCCACUUUCUCAUUGUUGCAGAGAAUUUUCGUUGCAGCGGAUAUUGCUUCUUGGAACACAGUAAUUGCAGGCUGCACACAGAAAGGACAUUUCCUAGAAGCUUUAAAGACUUUCAGUUUAAUGAGGCUGCAGGGACCCAAUGUCAGCCACGAUUCUGUUACUCUUGUUAAUGUCAUAUCAGCUUGUGGAAAUCUAGGGUUGGUUUCUGAAGGGAAAUCUAUUCAUGGGCUUGCUCUUAAAACUUUAACGGGAUCAGAUACCCGUGUGCAGAAUGCAUUAAUUAGUAUGUAUGGCAGAUGUGGGGAUACUGAGAGUGCAAAGUCAGUGUUUGAUUCCUCUUCAAAUCGGAAUUUAUGUUCAUGGAAUUGCAUGAUCUCUACUUUUUCUCAGAAUAAGAAUGCUAGAAGAGCAAUGGAACUGUUUUGUUCUCUUGAAUAUGGACCUAACGAGAUUACCUUUGUUGGCAUUCUCUCGGCUUGUACUCAACUUGGAGUUCUAAGAUACGGAAAGGAAAUUCAUGGUCAUGUGUUAAGGUUAGGAUUUCAGGAAAAUCCUUUUAUAUCUGCAGCUCUUCUGGAUAUGUACAGCAAUUGUGGUAGAUUGGACAUUGCUAUCCAAAUAUUUAGAAAUACAAGGGGAAAGUCUGUGGCAACUUGGAAUUCUAUGAUUUCUGCAUAUGGGUAUCACAGUAAUGGUAGGAAAGCAAUUGAAACGUUCCACAAAAUGAACAAGGCUGGAACUGUGGCAACCAAAAGCACAUUUAUAAGCCUUUUAUCAGCUUGCAGCCACGCCGGGCUUGUGUAUGAAGGUAUCUGGUAUUAUGAUCAUAUGCUGGAGGAAUAUGGAGUGGAACCUGUCACUGAGCAUCACGUCUGCAUAGUUGAUAUGCUGGGCAGAUCUGGUAAGCUUCAUGAGGCUUAUGAAUUUAUUAAGCAAAUGCGGAGGCAGCCUGAAGCAGGUGUUUGGGGGGCCCUGCUUAGUGCUUGCAACUACCAUGGAGACCUUGAGAUGGGAAGAAAAGUGGCAAAACUUCUUUUUGAAUUGGAGCCCGAGAAUGUUGGGUAUUACAUUUCACUGUCGAAUAUGUACGUUUCUGCUGGAAGUUGGAAAGAUGCUGUUGAGUUGAGAGAAACAAUUCAGGAUCAACGGUUAAAGAAGCCAGCAGGUUACAGUCUCAUUGAUGUUGGUUAACUGUGAAGCCAAAAAAUACCAAUACCCAGUUGCUAUGUGGCAUGAUUGUGGACCGUCUAAUGGAAAUCAAGACCAGAUAUAAUUUUCAUUGUUAUCGAAUUGAUGAUUUUUUUUUUCUUUUUUUUAAUGAUGGAAAACUCCUAAGGCAUAGCUACUUCGAGUACCUAACUAUGAAGGAUAAACCUUGGAUUCUCUCCAAUACAGCUCGGGUAAGACUGGGCUUCGUUGUAGGCAUGACCCCAAGGAAUUAUUUGCAAUUAGGAGAAGUCGAACCCCAUACCUGAUGGAGAUGCCGCCAAGUCCAAGGCUUUCCACUUGGGCCAAUUCCUUGGGGUUAAACCCAACAACUUUGAAUAUAGAGUUAUUUAUUCUCACCAUAGUCUUGGGAAAACUAGCUACAAUCUUAUAGAAAAUUAACGAAAAAAAUGAAAUAAGGCAUUGUCAUGUUGUGUCGCUAAAUGAACGAAUAGGAGAUGUGAGGAGACUAAUUGAGAUAGUGAUAUUUGUGUGACGUCUCAGAAAGUUAAUCUCAUAUUUGAAAAAUGAAUUGCUCAUAUUGAA